AUGGAUUUAAUAUUUCCAAAUGAAUUAUUUUUGGAUUUAUUCGAAUAUUUAUCUCAUAUCGAUUUGUAUCGUUGCUUUUACGGCUUAAAUUCUCGAAUUAAUUCAAUUGUUCGUGAGCAUCUAACGUGCAUUAGUCUGUUCCCAUCGGAUCUGGCUGAUAACGAAACAUCUUAUUGUAUACAACAAAUGAUACUCAAAUUUUGUGAACAAAUUAUCUAUUUACGAUUAGGCUCGGUGAGUAUUCCUGUCGAGAUAUUCACAAAUUUACAAACAUUAAAACUUCAAUAUCCUUAUGUUCGACAACUAAAUCAAAUUCAUUCAACGACAUUUCCAUAUCUAAAAACAUUAUGUGUCAUCGGGUUUAAUAAAAGAAGUGUUACACAAGAAUAUGAACAAUUGUAUUGUCGUAUAUUCUAUGGUGAAUUUGAUUCAUUACUUCAACUUGAAUUACCGUAUAUUCGAUCCUAUUUAGAUCAUCAAAUAUCAUCAAAAUGUUUACUUGAAUAUUUAAAAAUCGGUCGAAGUUCACAAAGAAACGUUUGUUUAUUAAUACAAAACUUAGUUCAUUUAAAAACAUUAUCAGUUGGUCUCGAUAGGGAUAAUAAAUGGACAAGUCGAAUGGAUUAUAAUAACCCUACCUUAACUAGACUUGAUUUAAAAGUAUUUCAUAAUUCAAUGACAUUUGAUGAAAUCGAAGAUCUAUUAACACAUGUGCUGAAUUUAACAUAUUUUACAUUUACAAGUGAAUAUCUACAAUAUUCCCAGUUUAGAUCAAAAUUAAAAGAUUUAUUGAGUAAAAGAUUAAUAUCAGGUUCAAUUAAGUUCAUUUUUAAUGUUCCUCAAAUUUCAGAAAUCCAAUAA